UGUGCCACGAGAGAUGUACUCGAUGCUGGUGACCGACGAGGAAAUGGAGACGUCAGAUUCGUACUGUUUCUGCGGUCGUUCGUACGAUCCCCCGCAAUUUAUGAUACAGUGCGAUGUAUGCAAGGAGUGGUACCAUGGCGGGUGCGUGAAUUUGAAAGAAUAUGUGACCACAGAUCUUGACAAGUACCACUGUCCACGAUGCGAGCCCAUGUGUGGCCCAUCACUCCUGAAAAUUAGAACAAAUUAUCAUAGACAUGAUUAUACUGAACUCGAUGCAAGUGUAAAACCAGUUCAAACUGGAACUGCAGUAUUCAUACGAGAGUUGAAGUCUAGACAUUUUCCCAAAGCCGAUGAAGUUGUGAAACAUGUAAAAGGACAUCAAUUGACUUUUCAAUAUUUACAAAGUAAUGGCUUUGAAACUCCUAUCAUUAUUGAUGGAAAAGAUGGACUUGACAUGGUUGUACCACCUCCCACUUUUAGUGUCUGCGAUGCCGAAACUUACAUAGGUGCUGAUCGAGACAUAGAUGUUAUUGAUGUUACAAGCCAAAGUAACUUACGUAUGAAAUUAAGAGACUUUGUAGAAUAUUACAACUCUUCUUCCCGAAUAAGAGUAUUUAAUGUCAUAAGUCUUGAAUUUACUAACACUGGUCUUUCGUCAUUGGUUGAAGCACCGUACAUUGCACGGAAGCUCGAUUGGGUUAAUUCAGCAUGGCCACGCGAUUGGUCUGAGGAUCAUGAUAUAAAACGACCGGAAGUACAAAAAUAUUGCCUAAUGGGUGUCAAAGAUAGUUUCACAGAUUUUCAUAUUGAUUUUGGCGGCACGUCUGUGUGGUAUCAUGUGUUGCGUGGUGAAAAAGUAUUUUAUCUCGUCAAACCGACGCCAGCGAAUUUACAAUUGUAUCAACAAUGGAUGUGUAGUUCGACACAGAGCGAAACUUUCUUUGGAGAUCAGGCCGAUGCAUGUUACAAGUGUGUGCUUAAACAAGGUCAGACGAUGAUGAUCCCUACAGGCUGGAUACACGCGGUACUCACACCGGUGGAUUCUUUAGUUUUUGGUGGAAAUUUUGUGCACAGUCUCAACAUUCAGAUGCAAAUACAAAUAUACGAAUUAGAGAGAAAGAUGAAGACUCCAGCAAAAUUUCAAUAUCCUGGAUUUGAGACAAUUAAUUGGUUCGCAGCUAAGAAAUUGUUAAAAGAAUUGAAAGAAUUGAAUAAUGAGGGCAAGAAAUGUCCGCCAUAUUUUUUACAAGGCGUGAAGGCAUUGCUUGGGAUCCUCAAACAAUGGAACACAGAUAAGGAUUACAGCAUGACUAGCCGUGGUCAAAUACCACACACAAUAAAUAGUCAGAAAUUACUGAAAGAUCUUAGUAAAGAGAUACGGCAUGCAGAACGAUACUUAAUAUCUCUAAAUCCGCCAAAACCAGAACGCGAGAGUAAACGAAAAAAGAGAAAGCCAUUGAAUAAAGAUUUCGUAGACUUCGAUUAUGCUGACAGGAUGGCUGAUAACGCUUUUAAAACGAAUAAAGCCACAUUAAAGGAAACGAACAAAGCGACAUUAAAAGAAACGAAUAAAUCGAUGUUAAAAGAAACAAAUAAAAUGAUGUUAAAGGAAACGAACAAAAUGGAACCUGCAUUGAUUCAACAAUCAUCAAAACCGCUCACAUUAAAGCUUACAUUACCGAAACCGAUCAUGUGUCCUUUAGUUAAAACACCCGUGACGGAAAAAUCCGCCAACAGUAAUAAACGGCAAUUAUCUAAGCCAGGAAAACAGAGUCCUACCGUAAUUAGAUUUAAGCUCGGCAAUAACGAGGUUGUCAGAAGUACAAACGACAAUAUAAAUGUUUACGGUAGUAAUAUUAUGACUGGCUCCUUCGAGACAACGAAGGAAUCCCUGUCGUGGAAUCAAACGUCGUCCGUGUAUGAUUUUCACGACGGUAGCAACGAAAGUGAUUACGGUCUUGUGAUAGAUGAGUCACAGAAACGGAAACGGACACCGAGAUCGAAACGACUGAAGCGUGACUACGACGGCGACGUCGAUGUGUUAAGUAAUACACCGAAGAAUGGCAUAGAAGAAUUGUUGAAAGCGUCAGCGUACACUCUUGGAAAUAGCACUCCAAGGGUUGAUGUCACACCAUCGACUACGAUUCCACAGUACAGUCAACAUAUGCCGCCGCCCACUGGUUCUGACAGGGCGUCACCGUCCACACGGGAGGCGAUCGCCGGAAUGUUGUCGUUCAGCCAGCAAAGUUACUCGACGACGAGUAGUUCUACGAAAUCGUCAAAGAGAUCUGUUAAGAGCCAACAAAAUGAUGAUGAUGAUGACGAUCAGUUGAUAGAAAAUAUCGAUAAAGUUCAUCAAGACGACGAUUUUAUUUAUCCAGCUUUAGAUGCUUCUGACGAGGAAGAUUAUAUCUUUAAGCCUAAAGCAAAGAGUCAAAUCGACGAAGCGUGGAAUCCAAAAGCUAGAGUAGGCCCUCUUUUACCGAAAACGAAUCGACCAGCACGGGAAGGAGCGAAGAAAACUUCUGUGGAAAAGGGUCUGGAAGCGGCUGCGGCGAAGCGAGCAAAGCAAUCGGAUGAAUACCUGGAUAACGACAUGGACAAGGUUACCAAGAAGAAAUUGGGUACCAACAAACGUACAUAUAAUAAAAAGAAGCAAAAGAAUCCUGUAGUUCCUGCAGUAGGAACAUCUACUGCAGUUUCUGAAAAUGUUGUAAAAUCGACCGGAUUCGGGUCAAUACUGACAAGUCCCAACAGACUUAAAGAUGUUAAAGCCAAACUCGCAGCACCUGUUCCAGCUGAACGAAAACCGAAGAAGGGUAUGAAAACGGCAAAACAACGUUUGGGGAAGAUCCUAAAACUUCAUAAAAUGAUGCAUUAGAAUAAAAUAAAUAUUAUUAAAGAAGAAGAAAGCAUUACGUCAUUCUUCAUUUGUGUAUAAAAUCAUAUAGUUGUACAUUACUAUGUAAAUAUAAGAAAUUUUUCAUUAAGGUGAUACGCACCUUACAAAAGCGAAUUAGUCCUAAAG